UUGGAGCAGGCGGAGGAGCAGCGUCUGUACCAGCAGACGCUGCUGCAGGACGGCCUGAAGGACCUGCUGGACCGCGGCAAGUUCGUGGACUGCGUGCUGAUGGGGGAGCGCGAGUUCCCGUGCCACCGCCUGGUGCUGGCGGCCUGCAGCCCUUACUUCCGGGCGCGGCUGCUGGAGGCGGCGGCGUCGGCGGCGGCGGCGACGUCGACGACGCCCGAGGGCGGCGCGGGCGAGCGGCUGCGUCUCGACGACGACGCCGUGUCCCCGGAUGUGGCGGCGCAGGUGCUGCGCUACCUGUACACGUCGGAGGUGGCCCUGGACGAGGCGAGCGUGCAGGAGCUGUUCUCGGCGGCGCACCGCUGGCAGAUCCCGUCGCUCUUCACCCUGUGCGUGUCCUUCCUGCACCGGCGCCUGGGCCUGGCCAACUGCCUGGCCGUCUUCCGCCUGGGCCUGCUGCUCGACUGCGCGCGCCUGGCCGUGGCCGCGCGCGACCUGGCGUGCGCGCGCUUCCCGCUCGUGGCCCGCGACGCCGACUUCGCCGCUCUGACGCCCGACGAGCUCAUCGCCAUCAUCUCCAGCGACGGCCUGGAUGUGGAGAAGGAGGAGGUGGUGUUCGAGGCGGUGAUGCGCUGGGCCGAAGGCGGCGGCGACCCCGAGCGGCGGGCCGCGCACCAGGCCGCGCUGCCCACCGUCUUCGACAGCGUGCGCUGCCGCCUGCUGCCCCGCGCGUUCCUGGAGAGCCGCGUGGAGCGCCACCCGCUCGUCAAGGCCCAGCCCGAGCUGCUCCGCAAGAUCCAGAUGGUGAAGGACGCCCACGAGGGGCGGCUCACCACGCUGCGACGCAAGAAGAAGAAGAAGAAGACGGCUGGGGAAACUGAGGCAGGGGGGGAGGAAGAGGAGGAGGAGGAGGAGGAAGAAGAGGAAGAUGGCCGCGUCCUGCCCGGGAUCCUGAACGACACGCUGCGCUUCGGCAUGUUCCUGCAGGACCUGAUCCUCCUGGUGAGCGAGCGGGGCGCCAUGGCCUACGACCCCGCCGCCAACGAGUGCUACUGCGCCGCCCUGUCGGCCCGGAUCCCCCGGAACCACGCCAGCCUGGUCACCAAGGAGAACCAGGUGUUCGUGGCCGGGGGCCUGUUCUACGACGAGGACGGCGGGGAGGACCCCAUGAGCGCCUACUUCCUGCAGUUUGACCACCUGGACUCGGAGUGGCUGGGGAUGCCGCCGCUGCCCUCGCCGCGCUGCCUCUUCGGCCUGGGGGAGGCGCUGAACUCCAUCUACGUGGUGGGCGGCCGCGAGCUCAAGGACGGCGAGGGCAGCCUGGACUCCGUCAUGUGCUACGACCGGCUGUCCUUCAAAUGGGGUGAAUCCGACCCGCUGCCCUACCCAGUGUACGGCCACGCCGUGCUCUCCCACCUGGACCUCGUCUAUGUCCUGGGAGGCAAGGGCAGCGACAGGAAAUGUCUGAACAAGAUGUGCGUCUAUGACCCCAAGAAGUUCGAGUGGAGGGAGCUGGCCCCCAUGCAGACGCCCCGCUCACUCUUUGGGGCCACUGUCCACGAUGGCCGCAUUUUCGUGGCUGCUGGGGUCACGGACACAGGACUGACCAGCUCGGCUGAGGUGUACAGCAUUGCAGAUGACAAGUGGUCCCCCUUUGAGGCUUUCCCCCAGGAGCGCAGCUCGCUCAGCCUGGUGAGCCUGGUGGGGACCUUGUACGCCAUCGGCGGCUUCGCCACUCUGGAGACUGAGUCUGGAGAGCUGGUCCCCACGGAGCUCAACGACAUCUGGAGGUAUAACGAGGAAGAGAAGAAGUGGGAGGGUGUGCUUCGGGAGAUGGCCUAUGCGGCUGGCGCCACCUGCCUGCCUGUGAGGCUCAAUGUCCUACGCCUGACCAAGAUGUGACCAGGGAUCGAACGGACCACCCUGUCCACCCUACAUGACCCCGCCAGGCCUGACCUCCUGGGUGCUCCAAGGAACUCCCCGGGGUGCUAUGGUAUAGCCUGAGGGCUGAUUCAACCAAGGAGAGGACAACGGCUGCCCAGUCCUGGCCUUUCAGGCGGAGACAAAAACAUAAAACAACAACAAAAAUAAUGGCUGGGAAGGUGGCUCAGUG